AUUUCCUUCCUAAAAUUCAAUGAAAAGUAUUGUUUUAACUCCCAAUCAUACUCUAGAAAUGUUUUGACAAAUUGUUAUUUCUUACCAGGCAGUUCUUCCUUGUUUUGUUUGUUUUCUUGUUUUUGUCAAUAUCGCGCCUUGUACCCACUACUACCGAACCCUCUUCUUUUAACAAAUUACACACUUUAACGUUUCUAGGUAGAUGAGAAGGUCUUUCUGGUUGGUCAGCACAAUAAAUUUGCUCGUUUCCAUGGCCGACGACGUCCCUUCUCUCCAAUCCACAAUACCCAUCAUUCUGGUUUAGGCACGUUGCAAACCUUAUAGCAGUUCAUUUCUUCCACCAUCCAAUUCUCCUCCCAACUACCCAUUUCACCGGCAGCGGGGAAAAAAAGCCUCCAGAACCCUCCCGCUUGCAUGGCGCCGACCAGGAUUUUCGCCGGGCUGUUCCUUCUCCUCGCCAUCUACUGCGCCCUCGACCCAUUCGAGCACAGCGCAAUCUCCGAGUUCCCUGAUUUCGUGUCCCACCCUGUUGAGAUGCCGCCGUGGUCGCUGGUUCCCACCGAGAAAGACGAGCUCAACUCGCUGCAGAAGUCGGAAAUCAAGUUCCUGGGUCAGAUUCAAGGCCCCGAGAGCUUGACCUUCGACCCUCUUGGCCGCGGGCCUUACACUGGUAUCGCGGAUGGCAGAGUCGUGUUCUGGAAUGGCGAGAAAUUCGUUGAUUUUGCUUACACUUCCAGCAAUAGGUCAGCAAUAUGUGACCCUAAGCCUUCCCCUCUGGGCUACUUGAAGAAUGAGCACAUCUGUGGCAGGCCAUUGGGGAUCCGAUUCAAUAAGAAGACGGGUGAUUUGUACAUUGCAGAUGCGUAUUUCGGGCUGAUGAAGGUUGGCCCUGAAGGUGGAGUAGCAACAUCAAUUGCUACUGAGGCAGAAGGAGUUCCAUUCAGGUUUACUAAUGAUCUAGAUAUUGACCAAGAUGGCAACAUUUACUUCACUGAUAGCAGUACUAAGUACCAGAGAAGGAACUUCAUGCAGCUGGUUUUCUCAGCAGAAAACACUGGGAGGGUUCUAAAGUACGAUCCCAUCACGAAGAAGGCCUCUGUACUUAUGAAAAACCUUCAAUUCCCAAAUGGGGUUUCUCUAAGCAAAGAUGGAUCCUUCUUUGUCUUCUGCGAAGGAUCACUCGGCGUAUUGCACAGGUACUGGCUAAAAGGCGAGAAAGCCGGCACUUCAGAGAUACUAGCAGUUUUGCCUGGAUUUCCGGACAACGUCAGGACUAAUAAAGAUGGCGACUUUUGGGUAGCCAUCCACUGCCGAAGAUCCUACUACACUUACCUAUGUGCCAAGUUCCCAACUUUAAGAACAUUUCUGCUGAAGCUCCCGAUUUCAGCCAAGAUUCAGUUCCUGCUUCACAUUGGGGGCAGACCACAUGCCUUGGUCGCCAAGUAUAGCCCGGAAGGUGAGCUGCUGCAGAUAUUGGAGGACCGUCAGGGGAAAGUGCUGAAAGCGGUUAGCGAAGUGGAGGAACGAGACGGGAAGCUGUGGAUCGGAAGCGUGUUGAUGCCCUUCGUCGGUGUUUAUAGCUUGGAGUAAGUAGUAAGAUGGAGCGAGGGAGAGUUAAAGGGUAUACCUUUGUUGUAUACAGGGGUAAUAAGGUGGUUUGAGUUUGUUCAUCCCCACAUAGGAAGAAAUAAUGUGUGUUUGGAACUGAGUUUCUUUUAUUUCCCACAUACUUGGAAGGGAGAAACGAAAUGUUUUUUUUUUUUUUUUGCUAGGUUAUCCUCCUCUGUUGUUGUGCUUGUGUACUGCUGACUGAGUUCUUCUCCUUUUGACAGGCAACUUAGCUAUUGAAAAGCAACAUUGCACUUGUGUUUCUCCCUGAAUCAAGUGUGAUGGUUGGUUAAUGGAGCUGAGUUUAUUAUGGUCGUGAACUUGCCGUGAAGCAUCCCAUACGUCAAAACGAGUCGUUGUGACAAAAUAUUAUGUUUGGAAA